CGAAAAGCCCUCAUUCAAGAAGUGACCGUGCUCAAGAGCAGACGUGUGUAUCUGUCGUCCAUGUCGCAAGGCGGCGUUCCAACGCCAUAAGUUAUCUGAAACGUGAAAGUAUUUUCCACCGUGAAAUUGCACGAAACCAAGUGCAAAGUGUAUAGCGAGCCAACAAAUCACACGCCACAAGAUGGCGGACGACGAACAGUUCUCACUGUGUUGGAACAAUUUCAACACAAACCUAUCAGCUGGAUUCCAUGAAUCCCUCGUACGGGGCGACCUGGUGGACGUCACGCUGGCCGCCGAAGGUCAAUUAGUUAAGGCACACAGACUCAUCCUAUCGGUAUGCUCACCGUACUUCCGGAAGAUGUUCACCCAAAUGCCUGCCAACCAGCACGCAUUCAUUUUCCUGAAGGACGUAAGUCAUUCGGCACUGAAGGAUCUCAUCCAGUUUAUGUACUGUGGAGAAGUGAACGUGAAGCAGGAUGCUCUGCCAGCGUUCAUCAGUACGGCGGAAGCGCUACAAAUUAAAGGACUGACUGAAACGGGAGAAAGCGCACCCACCCAACCAUCACCCGCCAAAGAAGCCUCCCACUUACCGUCGGCGAGUUCGACGACCAUUCCAUCCCUGGCGUCGUCGCCGCGGGCGAAACCGAUCGUGCGGAGUCGAAUCCAGUCCUACAAGCUGGACUCGGACGACGGAAGCGAUCACGAGAAAGUAGUACAAAUUCAAGCCACCUCCACCCCUGCCUCCGUUGCCAGCGCGAGCAGCAGCACCGUGACCACCCAGGUCAGCGUGCCGCAGCAAGUGCAAAUCCUCCAACAACCGACCCCGCAAGCCCAGAAACGGACCAUCCAGCAGCGAGCCUCGAUCACCCCGCAGCAAACGACCCAGGUUAUGAAACGAGCCAAGCUAACCGAUCCGCUUGAAGCUUCCGAACCGACGCAAAUCCAAACCGUUCAGAUCGUGAAGCAAAUCACGCCGACCCCGCAGCCCUCGAUAUCCUCUGAACCGGAAUACGUUGAAAUGCCAAUCGAAACGAUAAACCCCAAAGCGGAACCGGAAUACGCCGACGAUCCGUCCGAGGUUGAGGCGAUCGAAACGGAACACGAGCAGGAACAAUCGCUAGCGGAACAGGAAGCAACGGAACACGAUCAGGCAGAAGACGAUUCGGCUCACUACGUUGAGGAUGAAACGUACGGUGAUAUGAGCAAAUAUGACGAAACAUACUUCGCGGAAGGUGACGAUCCUAAGGCUGGCGCUUCCGGAUUCAGUGAAUCGUACGCGGAGAGUGGCACCGGAGCGGACCAGGCAGCACAAGGUAGGUGUAUGAACCAAUGCUAGCAUUUCGGAGGGAAUCAGUGGCGUCUGCGGGGGUUGUUGUCGUACUAGCGCUUGAGUAUUCCAUGUCGUGCAUUUGAGAAACUUGAUCUUUGCUUCCCCGUUUGAAUUUUGAUUCUAGAAUAGGGCAAAACCACACACUACACUUCUACUAACACAAAAAUACACAGCUUAGGAGGGGAUAUGAGGAGGCCUAACCACUAUUUUUCUACCACAGCUUGUGCAGUGAAAAGUGAAGGUUGAAUGUGAAGAAAAGUUAUCCAAAAGUAGUGAGUUCAGUAGUAGGAUAUUUUAAAGUGCAUUUACCCAGAAAACAAAAGUGAUUUCAAGAAAGUUCGAGAGGCGAAUUCAUCGAGUUUGGGAACAUCACGUCUUAUUGAAAAGGUACGUUCGAAAAAUGCGCACUCCCCCUCAGCAAAGAUCAGGUGGAUUAGGCUAAGCUUCGCGUGUUUCGAUUAUCUCUAUUUAAAUUUGAUCAAAUCAUUCAAUUUAAGCAAACUAAUCGUUUAGGGCCAGGCCAUGUACAGACAACUUCCGCCAAUACUCCUUCCCUCCAGCCCUCCUGAAAGUUUCGAUACGCGAGCCGAAAUGGGUCACCAAAGAGGCGACAUUCUCGCGGAUCGGGAUGAAUACGGACGGCACUUACCCCAUGAAAACUAUUUAGCACAUAAGCGAUCACAUGUCCCUUCAAAUGAAAACUUAUUAUCUUCUCUAAAUACGAAGUGGAGUGCCACAAGCAGCCUUGCCACAAGGUUUGUCGAGUUUGAACGAGCUCAUCGCUUGCAUAUCUCCACGGGUGUCAAUGUCCUCAAACGGUCGUAACUUUCCGCUUUCAAAUCAAUACAACGGAACGCGAAAACGUUUGUCACUGUGGGUGGAUUGCUUCGAGCAGAAGUAAGUCACCGAAUUCUCAUUUUAUCGCAAAGCAUUGAGCACAACGAUCGUUUUGUUGAGUGCCAGUGUUGAUUCGAUUGUGCCCAGGGAAUCCGGAAUUCAGUGGUAAGCAUAAAUCAAAUCAGAAACGCUAACCAAUUUUAGGGUGGCCAGAGUAACGAUGCAUAAAGAUGUUCAAUCGUCCCAUUGAAGAAACGGAAAUGAUGAUCCGAGGUCUGGUCCAGGACCUCGGCUUUUGCUCAGGUAGCAGGUGGGUAUAAACUAUCUUUCCAAUUGAAUUAGCUAUUAAGAUUCCCUCUCGGAUUCCGAAUACCCCCCGUCUCGACGUCGCUUCGCAAAAGAUAGUCCACCGGAUGUACGUUUCGCUUUGGUCUUUUCAUCGCUGCUGUGGCUACCUCCGGGAUUGGCAGAUGCUGCUUUGCGCGAGGUUUCUUGAUGAGUCUCGAACAAAGUAGCAUAAGAACUUCCACGGGUAGCGCGGGUGAUCAUACGCUAAUCCAAUCAAAUGGGAACAUUCGUGAGCGUCAUUGCGCUUCGUUCUUUGAUUCGAUUGGUUUGGCAGUGUGACAUUCCUCGGACGACAU